AUGUCUCAAGAUGGUCGGGAAGACAAGCCUGAGGGCUUCUCUAAAUACCUUAAGCGGAUGAAGACCGUCCUCCGUCCUCGGUCAAUGUCCAAACGACAAUCUAUAACGCCUGGGGUAGCCGCUCCAGCCGAAACUACUGCAGAGGAAACAUCACCACCGGCACCAGUAUCGGGACCGGCACCAGUAUCAGCAUCAGCAACAGCAACAGCAUCCACACCAGCACCGGCAUCAGCAUCAGAACCAGCCGAAGAGUUCAGCUCAGGUCCAGUCAUGAUCACCCACUACAGCACGACCCAACAGGAAAAGGCCCGCGCCCUCUUCGCCAAAUACGGCCUGACCGUCGACACCAGCGACUGGAAGGCACCCCCGGACCUCCAACUCACCCGCGUAACCAAACCAAUCCGCAUGCGAGUACACCGUACCUGUCACCGCUGCGAAACAACCUUCGGCAAAGAGAAAGUAUGCGUCAACUGCCAGCACACCCGCUGCACAAAGUGUCCUCGCCACCCACCCGCCCGCAACAAGGAUGGCGAACCAUCAACCCGCAAGCCCAAGAACUCAGACACCUACGUCCCCCAACCCUAUAUGUACCCCAGGACCACGAAUCUCAAGCUCAGCACCACCAAGGAGGUUUCAAUCAAGAUGGCGUCGCCCACGGGCGGCGCGGAUUUCGUCCAUCGACCGGUGCGCCAACGUGUCCACCGUUACUGUCACUUCUGCGCCUCGCUCUUUACCCCCGGCACGAAGGAAUGCCCCAGUUGCAGUCAUGUGCGCUGCAAGAUAUGUCCGCGGGACCCGGCUAAACUCGACAAAUAUCCUGAUGGCUACCCGGGCGAUGCUGAUCCGCCCAAACCUAGACCCGAGCGCACCUGGAAGAAGCCUCGGCAGAGAGUUCAUUAUGUAUGCCAUGUCUGUGAGACUUGGUUCCAGGGCAAUGCGGAAACUUGUUCGAAUUGUGGUCAGGCGAAGUGUGAGAAGACUAAACGAAUCCCACCUAAAAAGCUCAAACGAGAAACAGACCCUGAAGUUCUCAAGAGCAUUGAAGAGAAGCUAGCAGCUAUGGCGCUUGAACCAACAGACACUGCUGAAGCGGCGGCUUGA